CUGAUGAGCGUGUGCUAUUCUUUGUAACCUCUCGUCUUUAUCGUGGCAUGACAAUGAAAUGAGAGCAAAUAAACAUAAGAAAAGAGCCUUUAAACUAAUCUGUUCUCAGAUCCCAGUCAACCAUGAGGAUCAUCUCCUGUCAGUCAACCCUUGUGGCUGUCAUUGUGGUCACACUCACUGUGGUGUCCUACGCUGAUGCCAAGACUACACAGAAGCCGAAGUACCAGUACACCAAGAAGCCCCUCCCUCAAAUCCCAGUGCACAGCCCUGUUACCACCAGCAUGCCCAAGUCUCUGAAGACAGUGCCGAGUGCAGACCCUGUGAAGCCCCUCCUGCGGCCCACCACAGAGAGGACCACCUAUCCAAAGCACAUCUAUCCGCAGUACCACACAGAGGGCACCGAGCCCCCUGGUGCUGGUCCUGACAAUUACACUCUGGACUACGGCGAGUGCUACUUCAACUUCUGUGAGUGCUGCCCACCUGAGAGAGGCCCCAGGGGGCCAAAGGGAGACAGAGGCCUGGAAGCAUUUUGA